AUGAGGAGGCAUGGCCCGGGCACGGUGGCACGGGACAGUGUGGGGUGCAUCGAGUGCUACGCGGCCCUGCUAGCCGACUGGCCGGUGGUAAUCCCGGGCCUGUGAACGCUGUUCAUCGUGGUCUGCGCCCUGGUGGGCGUGUUGGUGCCAGAGCUGCCAGACUUCUCGGAUCCACUGCUGGGUUUUGAACUAAGAGGGACAACAAUAGGCCAGAGACUGGUUACAUGGAAUAACAUGGUCAAAAACACCAGAUACAAAGCAAUGCUGGCAAAUUACCCUUUUAAAUAUGCUAAUGAACAAGCCAAAAGCCAUCGGGAUGAUCGGUGGUCAGAGGACCAUUAUGAAAGAGAAAAAAGAGAAGUAGACUAGAACUUCCACAAAGACAGCUUUUUCUGUGACGUUCCAAGUGAUGAACGAUAUUUUACCUCGACAGGAGGGGAGACACUGUGGCAUUUACCUGCCAUUAAAUUCAUGUGCAGUGUAGAUAACUCCAGGAUCAGGUCUCACCCCCAGUUUGGUGACCUCUGCCAGAGAACCACUGUCGCCUCUUGCUGCCCCAGCUGGAUGCUGGGGAACUACAUUGCCAUUCUGAACAAUAGGUCGUCCUGUCAGAGCAUCGUCGAGCAAGACGUGUCUCAUAUGAAGCUGCUCUGCACCUGUGCCAAGCACUACCAGAAUGGCACUCUGGGGCCAGACUGCUGUGAUGCUGCUGCCCGCAGGAAGGACCAGCUCAAGUGCACCAGUGUGCCACGCAAGUGCACUAAGUACAAUGCCGUGUACCAGAUCCUCCACUACCUGGUGGACAAGGACUUCAGGGCCCCGAAGAUGGCUGACCACCCUGCCUCGGUGCUCAGGUACAGCAUGUUCUUCUCGCCCACGGAGAAGGGGAAGAACAUGAUGAACGUUUACCUGGACAACUUUGAAAACUGGAACUCCUCAGACGGCGUGACAACCGUCACUGGGAUCGAGUUCGGCAUCAAACACAGCUUGUUUCAGGACUACCUUCUGAUCAAUACUGUGUAUCUGGCCAUUGCCAUGGGGCUUGUCCUGCUGGUCAUGUGUGUCUACACCAAGUCCAUGUUUAUCAUGCUGAUGACCAUGUUUGCCAUCAUCAGCUCCUUGAUAGUCUCCUAUUUUGUCUACCGUGUCAUGUUCAGCUUUGAGUUUUUCCCUUUCAUGAACCUCACUGCACUUAUCAUUCUGGUCAGCAUCGGGGCCGACGGUGCGUUCGUGCUCUGUGAUGUGUGGGCCUACACCAAGUGCGAUAAGCCCUGUGCUGCGGCUGCAGAGACGGUGAGCGCCACCCGGCAGCACGCUGCCCUCUUCAUGUUUAUCACCAGCUUCACCACCGCCGCGGCCUUGUACGCCAACUACGUCAGCAAGAUCACAGCCAUCAGGUGCUUAGGCGUAUUCGCGGGCACCGCCUUCCUGGUGAACAGCAUCCUCAUGGUCACCUGGCUCCCGGCUGUGGUGGUACUGCAUGAGCGCUACCUGCUCAACAUCUUCUGCUGCUUCCGGAAGCCCCAGCAGCAGUACGACGACAAGAGCUGCUGGGCGGAGGCCUGCCGGAUGUGCCACAGGCUGCUCCUGGCCAUUUCUGAGGCCUCCCGGAUUUUCUUUGAGAAAGCGCUGGCCUACAACCUCAUUAAGUUCCCCUACCUGGGGCUCUUGUGGUUCCUUGCGCUGACGGUAGGUGGCGCCUACAUCAUGUGUGUGAACCCCAAGAUGAAGCUGCCCUCCCUGGAGCUGUCUGAGUUCCAGGCUUUGCGAGCCUCACAUCCCUUUGAGCACUAAGAUGCCUAGUACAGGAAGCUGUUCAUGUUCGAGCUGCGCCACGGUGAGGAGCUCCACAUGCCCAUCACCGUGGUCUGGGGCGUGUCCCCUGAGGACAAUGGCAACCCGCUGAGCCCCAAGAGCAAGGGCAGACUGACGCUGGACAGCAGCUUCAACAUCGCUAGCCCUGUGUCCCAGGCCUGGGUCCUGCACUUCUGCCAGAAGCUGAGGAACCAGAUCUUCUUCCACCAGACGGAUGAGCAGGACUUCACCAGCUGCUUCAUCAAGACCUUCAAGCAGUGGAUGGAGAACCAGGACUGCGACGAGCCGGCCCUGUACCCGUGCUGCAGUCACUGGAGCUUCCCCUACAAGCAGGAGGUCUUCAAGCUGUGCAUCAAGAGGGCCAUCAUGGAGCUGAAGAGGAGCACUGGCUACCACCUGGACCACAGGACGCCAGGGCCGUGCUUCGACGUCAACGACACCACCCGGGCUGUGGUGCUAGAGUUCCCGAGCACUCACCUCUUCAUGCUGGCCUAUGAGAAAAUGCACCAGUUCUACAGCGAGGUGGACUCGUGGAUCUCCCGGGAGCUGCGCUCUGCACCUGAGGGCCUCGGCAAUGGCUGGUUGGUGAGCAACCUCGAGUUCUACGACCUCUAGGACAGCCUCUCAGACAGCACACUUAUAGCCAUGGGGCUGUCAGUGGCAGUAGCCUUCAGCGUGAUGCUGCUGACCACGCGGAAUGCUGUCAUCAGUCUGUACACCAUCAACUCCAUUGCAGGCACCAUCUUUGUCACCGUGGGCUCCCUGGCCCUGCUGGGCUGGGAACUAAAUGUCCUGGAGUCUAUCACCAUCUCUGUGGCCGUGGGGCUCUCUGUAGACUUCGCCAUCCACUAUGGAGCUGCGUACCGCCUGGCUCCAGACCCUGACCAAGAGGGCAAGGUGAUCUUUUCUCUGAGUCACAUGGGCUUGGCCAUCGCCUUGGCCGCCCUGACCACCUUUGUGGCUGGGGCCAUGAUGAUGCCAUCCACUGUGCUGACCUACAUGCAGUUGGGCACCUUCAUGAUGCUUGUCGUGUGCAUCAGCUGGGUCUUCGCCACCUUCUUCUUCCAGUGUAUGUGCCGGUGCCUCGGGGCACAGGGCUCCUGUGGGCAGAUCCCUCUGCCUCAGAAGCCCGGGCCUGGUGACCAGGGCCCAAGCAAAGCCUGCCCCACACAUGCAUACCUUCUAGAUCCCCAGGUCCAGAAAUCGGAAGAGGAACGUGAGUUCUAUGAGAUGGAACCGCUGGCAUCCCGCAGCUGUGCGGCCUCAGACAAGACCAGGCAAGAGGAGACCUACCUCUGUGCUGAGCUGCUGGGCAGCCCGGCGGGGGGUGGGGGGUUGGGGGUGUCCCGGCACCCAGUCUGCUCUGGGGAGCAUGGCCUGUGCUCCAGGGCUGACUCCAGGGCCGCCCUGCUCCCACCCUGCCCUGAGCCACACCCCACAUGCCCCUUCUUCUUCCUCAACCAGCAGUGUCGCUGUCUGAACACCUACAAACUCCUCACUUGCAGCUCACACUCCUGCCACUGCUCCUGUAGCCACUGUGCCCCUGCCCCAGGUGGCUUCGCUCAGAUCCAGAAUGGGGUGGUGCCUCCGCAGGCCACACACCCGGCCCCUGAGGGCUUCGUGCACCACCGUCCACACCCGCACCCCCACCCCUGUCCCUGUCUGCAGGGCUGUAGGAAGCCACCGGGAACACAGAACUCCUUGCCUAGGAACUGCAGCCUCCUCUGGGCUUGCAGGCCCCAGAGCACCCAGGCAAGACCAGCAUAGGUGGCAUACUGGGCUCCAACACCUGGGUGGCCAGGCAGUUGCCACUGGCCUGCAGGGCUACUAGCUCUUCAAGGCCAGCACACUGCGAUGCUGAGAGUAACCAAAUGGGUCUCCACUGAGACAGGGAAGUGGGACUCGGGGAGGGUGGUUCUGGGAGUGGAAGCAGAGUCUCCAAUCUGUAGCAUCAGAGUGACAGUAUGGAGAGAAGAGCAGCGCAGAGCUUGUCGCAUUCUGGCAUGGUUCCAGGCUUGACGCAUGUCAAUCACAGCGAGCCAGAACUUCUGUUUAACCAUCUCCUGGGGGAGACAGGUCACGGCCUGGCCCUGGCUGUCUGCAGAGCUGUGGCAGAGCUGUGAGAGAGAGGCUCAGCUCCAGGGACCACCAGCCACCAUGCCCUGCCGCUGCCAUGCGUGCUGGUGUGACAUAUUCAGAACCAGACG